GGCGGCGGGCAGGCGUGGCGGCGCCUCGUCCGCUCGACGCCGAGCCCCGGCUCCUGUCUGCCGGAGCUGGGGGCCGCCGGGCCCUCCGCUGCCUCCGCUCCCCGGGCUUUGCCUUGGGUGGAAGUGUCGCGGGUGGCGGUGGUAGCGGCCCCCGGGUCCCAGCCGGAGCGGGAUCAGUUGCCGUUAGGGCUUGAGGAUGGGGAAAAAAGGUGUCUGCCCGGGGAGCGGGGCAUGCCCGGGGUGAGCGAGAGGCAGCAGCAACGAGGAUUCUUCGUGUUCCUUUUGGGAUGCGGAGGCUCAUAGACAGAGGGGAUGGGGGAGUAGGAGGUUUGAUUUUUUUUUUUUCUAUUUUUUAUUCUGUGAAAUUGAACUGGUCACCUGUCUCAGAUCUCGAGACUGAAGUAAACUUGAGAAGGCUUAGAAGAGCAGGAUCUGUUUACUUGUUUCCUGACUGGCAGUAGGAAUUUCUUCUCCUGUUCUUUUCUGGCUGCUGUACCGUUACAGGUGUUCCUUCUGAACUGAGAUGUACGAAAAGUUUCAGAUGCCUCUGGAUGUUCAAUGAUAGCACUCCUCCAUACUGGAGCAGCAAAGUUUCCCCAAAACUUACUUCCAAGGGCAAGACAAGCUGUGUGCUCCCUCCUCCCAGCUGGUGUUCUCAAAGGCUACAGCUCCAUCGUAAGCAGGAAACUGGCGUCCCACGGCUUUGGAGCUUCCAUGGCAGCAAUGUCAUCCUUCCCUCCACAGAGAUAUCACUACUUCUUAGUGCUGGAUUUUGAGGCUACGUGUGAUAAACCACAGAUCCAUCCUCAGGAAAUCAUCGAAUUCCCUAUCCUGAAGCUGAAUGGCAGGACGAUGGAGAUUGAAUCCACCUUUCACAUGUAUGUUCAGCCUGUGGUGCAUCCCCAGCUUACGCCCUUCUGUACAGAGCUGACUGGGAUUAUUCAAGGCAUGGUGGAUGGGCAGCCGAGCCUCCAGCAAGUGCUUGAGAGGGUUGACGAGUGGAUGGCGAAGGAAGGCCUCUUAGAUCCCAGCGUCAAGUCGAUUUUUGUGACCUGUGGAGACUGGGAUUUGAAAGUGAUGUUACCAGGACAAUGCCAGUACUUAGGGCUGCCGGUUGCUGAUUACUUCAAACAGUGGAUUAAUCUGAAAAAGGCGUACAGCUUUGCCAUGGGGAGUUGGCCAAAGAACGGGCUCUUAGACAUGAACAAAGGACUGAACCUACAGCACAUAGGGAGGCCUCACAGCGGGAUAGACGACUGUAAGAACAUCGCCAACAUCAUGAAGACACUGGCCCAUAGAGGCUUCAUCUUCAAGCAGACCUCCAAACCCUUUUGAUCCCCAAGGCAAGCCAGGCAAGGGCUGCAUGCGCCCGGCGCCGGUGAGGCGGGGAGGACGGGCUCCAGCAUUAAAAUAAAAACGGCAACCGAGGCCAGAGGAACCGAUACAAAAAAAAAAAAAAAAAAAAAAAAAAAAAUCUCAAUUUCAGCUGUUAACUCCAGUAGAGGUUGUAUAUAUGGGAAGGCAAAUCUGUGUAGACCUGAUGUGACUCCCUCUCUGGGCUGCUCCGGACAUUAUGCCAUGCUAGCGGACAGCCGCGUAGGGCGCUUGCACCACAUUUUAGACUUGUAGUUUGUUCUUUUUCUUUGGCUCCUAAUUUCCGUCCCUCCCUCCAUAUCCCACCCCGUCCUCCCUUUCCCACCCCGUAGCCAGAGCAUCCCCCAUCUCCUCCCCGGCAUGGGCCGUCCCCGCCUUCCCUUCUUCUUUCUUUUCUCUGGUUUUAUGUUUUCAGGCCUCGACGGCUGCUGCAGCGAGGCCGGCGCUCGCCCAUGCCCGGGCUGCGCUGACAGAGGCUCAGCACUAUCGAGACGGCCCCUCGCCCUCCCCGCCAGCCCCCCCGCCUCUCCCUCGAGCGCCUUUUCCCCUUUUUGAGUCAACACUAACCCCUCUCUGACUCCUGUAUGUGACAAACGCGAUCCGUCUCUUUAUGUUCAAGGUGAAGUGCCUGUAUUCUCCGCUGCAGAGCCCCUGGCAGCCCCACAGUGGGCUGCGGGGCCCGGAGGGCUCCCUUCAGUGGGGCAGGGGCCCGGCGGGUGGGCAGGCGGCAGGAGGGAGGUGACAGUGUCCGCACGGAGCCCCAUCCCGUCCCCGUCCCCUCUGCUCGUGCCUCUUGCGGGGCUGGGUGGGAUGCCCAGCCCUGCCCCGGCCCCGCCGACCGCUCUCAGCUCCACCGGGGCCAGGCCCGCCGCAGCACCACGUCCAUUGCCGGCGGUGGACGUGCCAGCGCGCGCUGGCCCCCGGCCCACAGGUACCCGAGCAGGGGAGCUGCAAAUUGCUCCAGGCCCCUGACCCCGCUCCCCUCUGACCCUGUCCGGCCUCCCUCAGUUCCCGAACUGAGGCUCAGCCCCCGUGUGCCCAUGGUCCCUGCAGGCCGUGCCGUGCCCCUCGCAGGUCCCCACGGACGCUCAGCAGCAGCUGGCUUGUUGCCUGAGAGAGUUGCCGAGCACAUCCCCUCCGGCUGGGUGGGCUCCCGGCCGGCCAGAGCGGUUGGGGGGCAGCUGUGGGGCAGGCUGAGGGCGUGCGUGUGUGUGUCCCCCCCCCCAGUGUCACCCAGCCCCGGGGCCCUGCUGAAUGGAGCCCUCAUCCGGGCGCUGACCUGCAGGGAGGCUGCAGCCCUGGGCCCGUGCGUGCAUGGCCUGGAGCAAAGCCGGUGACGGCAGCCAGAAGGGCAAUACAGGCACUGAACUUGGCGGUACAUGACUGCAUGGUGUGUGGUGUUCCAGUUAAACCAACCGAUAAUGCAAACCCAGCAUUUUCAUUGUCUAGUUAUUCCAAUCCUUGCUGUAAAUGUGCCACAUGAAUAAAGUUUGGGGGUAAAGGAGCCCGGGCUGUGCCC